AUGAGGGAUGCUUUGAAUGUGGUUAAGGAAAUGGGAUUUAAUGAUCCUUCUAAUGUAAAUUUUGUUAUGGCAUUGGUAGCCAAAGGGGCCAUGUCGAAAUCUUGGUGGGAUGCGAAAGUUGUUGUUUUUAAGAGAUGGGGUUGGUCGGAAGAAAUGGUUCUUGAAGCGUUUAGGAAGCGGCCCUUGUGUAUGCUAUCAUCUGUGGAGAAAAUUGAUAAGGUGAUGAGAUUUUGGGUGAAUGAGUUGGAUUGGAACUCUUCGGCACUUGUGAAAAGGCCGGAGGUCUUUUUGUAUAGUUUGGAGAAUAGGAUCAUUCCAAGGGCUAGUGUUGUCUCGUAUUUGUUCUCUAAAGGUUUGAUAGAAAAGAAUGUUGAACUGUCUACCCCAUUUGGUGUUAACAAAAAGGUAUUUCUUGAAAAGUAUCUGCACUGUUUUAAGGAGGAAAGACAGAAUUUGUUAAAGCUAUACCAGGAAAAAAUGAAUGUUUGA